AUGAAAGAUAAGGGAAAGGGUACUGAAGGCAGUGUGGAAGUAGUUGAAAGAUCAAUUGUUCCAUCUCUUGUUAUUGAGAAUCCUGUACCGUUAUCCUCUAUUUCUGGAGUCUUUGAAGAGAAUGUAUCUUUAGAGGAUCUUGCUGGUGAUGAUAAUGAAGAAGAUGAAGAAAAGGAUGUUGAGGAAGAAGGUGAUGAUGAGGAUGAUGAAGAUGAGGAUGAUGAUGAAGAGGGUGAUGACGAGGAAGAUGACGAUGAUGAGAAAGUCUUUUCAGCUAGCAGUCAUGGUUCUGAUAAUGACGAUGAUGAUGCUCAAGGUGGUACAGGAAUAAAAGUCACUGAACAGUCAAGUCAAAGAAAUGUUGAUGAUUUUUUGAAUGAUACUGUGAAUGAAGAGAUAGGGGGAGCUCAAGGAAAGAGGGAGCAUGGUGAUGAUCAGAAUGUUGAUCAAGUUGAGAAGCUGAUUCUUCGAAUUGAACCUCAUGUUGAAGAAGGUGAGAUAAGGCAUACUUACACAUUGGAUGAGGUACUGAAGAUGUUCAAUGUGAAAGAAGAUGAUUUUAAGUUUGAUUUUGAGGAAGAGCUGAAUGCUUUCGACAUCAACCAACAACGUGAUUAUGAAUACAAUUAUGUUGAAGAUGCUGAUGUGUAUGACAGAGUUGAGGUCAAAGAUUGUACUGAUGACGAGAGUGAAAAAGAAGAUACUUCUCAGUUACCUACAUUGAUGGAGUUUUUCACUAAAGCAAAUCGGGAUGAACUUAGAAGAAAAGUUGCUGAAAUUCUCAAAGACAAAAAUUUUGAUGGCACCACAAAAGAUCCACUGAAGGAAGAACGUAAGAAAUGGUUCAAGGAAAGCAAUGAACGUAACUUCAAACGUCCGUUGAAGUAUUAUCAGAGAGAUAGAAGUAUUUCUUUGGGGGAUAUUAUUAGCUGGGGUUUUCUGCCUCAAGUUAAUGCGUAUGCGAUCAGGAGAGAAUGUGGUGUUCAAUAUUUUGAAAAGUUACAUGAUAUUAUGUCCCUUCCAUGGUGGGAUGUGGAUGAGUUAUCAAAGGUUAGAACCUUGGGGUAUCCUGUCAGAAAGAAUGAUGCUGCAAUGUGGGGAUUGAUAAAGUUUGAGGCUUUGAAAGACUUCAUACACUGGAAGCCACAUUACCCGAAGAGAGUUACAAGGGUAGAUCCAGUGACAGGAGUUGAAGAAACGAUUCUGAACGUGAAAAAGCCAAGAACGAUGAAGACUAUACCAGUGCCAUCAAUGGAGCAGGAGUUUCACAAAGGCUUCAUGGGCUGGGUUUAUAGUUGUAUCACGACUGAAGCAGUGAUCACGUAUAGAGCUGGGAACGAAAUACGAGAGAUAUAUGUGUAUGACCCGAUGUGGUUAGUAAAUUGCUCAGCGAAAGAUAUUGAAUGUUUAUUCAUCAACAAGAUUCACUAUCAGGCUGAAGAUAAAGAGAAAGCGUUGCAGUUUCAAAGAGUUGCUACUCUUUUCUUUCAGAAAGGCAUAAAUUCUGAAAAUAAAUGGAAGUCAACUUGGUGGUCGCUUGAAGAGAAAGUCAAAAGAAAAGCUGAACGUGAAAGAAAGAAGCUGGAGGAAAACAGAGGAAAAUGGAUGAUAUACAAGCUGAGGAAGAAAAGAAAAGAAAGAAAGAGAAUGAUAGAGUGA